AUCACAAUCAUACAUCGCCGCUCGACUGACUUUUCCUCUUUUAGACAAAAUCUGUCCGAAAAUUGUCUGGGAGCUGAGCUACAAAUCGAUUCCACCGAGCCCUUCCCCAAUUAUUCCUAGGGUUUCUCUGAGCUCUCUCCAUCGCCAUCGACUUCAAGGGUUGGAAAGUUUGAAGCUUGAAGAAAUGAGGCCAAUAUUUUGCGGCAACUUGGAUUUUGACGCGCGGCAGUCAGAUGUUGAGCGGCUUUUCAAGCGAUAUGGGAAAGUCGAGAGGGUGGAUAUUAAGUCUGGAUUACUUGGAAUGUCUAUGGUCUUCUUGGAUGGGUCCGCUUAUCUACAUUUCUUUUGUAGCAUGUGCCCAAGCAUCACUUAUUGUAUUUUUCCAGAAGAAUUAAUCUGAUCUGCCUUAGUCCUGCCAUCAUACUUUCCUUCAGACACCAUUGCUUUUUCAUUCAUCAUGACUUUUGCUCCACUCCAUGUUCAAUUUCCGACAUGUUCCAACAUAGAUUCCAUGAUGAUAUCGCACUCACUGGCAGGAUUUGCUUUCGUCUAUAUGGAUGACGAACGAGAUGCUGAGUAUGCAAUUCGAAGACUUGACAGGACAGAAUUUGGUAGGAAGGGACGCCGACUUCGUAUUGAGUGGACCAAGCAUGAAAGAGGGAUUAGGAGACCUGAUUCAAGAAGACCUUCUGCUAACAUGAAGCCCUCAAAAACCUUGUUUGUUAUCAACUUUGAUCCAGUCCAUACCAGGACAAAGGAUCUGGAGAGGCACUUUGAUCCCUACGGGAAAAUAACGAACAUAAGGAUUAGAAGGAAUUUUGCUUUCAUUCAAUAUGAAUCACAGGAGGAUGCUACCAAAGCUCUGGAGGCAACAAAUACAAGCAAGUUCAUGGACAGGGUUAUUUCUGUGGAAUAUGCUGCUCGUGAUGAUGAUGAUGAUAAAAGAAAUGGGCACAGUCCUGACAGGAGGGGCCGUGAUAUGUCUCCUGAGAGAAGAAGCAAUGAUCGUGGGCGAUCUCCAAGUCCAUACCGCAGAGAUAGGGGAAGCCCUGAUUAUGGCCAUGGUGCCCGAGUAAGUUCUAGAACUGAAUCAAGAAGAAGUCCUGAUUAUGAGAGAGCUGCAAGCCCAGUCAAUGAUAGAUCCCGUCCAAGUUCUAGACCUGGACCUAGAAGAAGUCCCGAUUAUGAGAGAUCUGCAAGCCCAGUCAAUGAUAGAUCCCAUCCAAGUUCUAGACCUGAACUAAGAAGAAGUCCCAGUGAUGAGGGAGCUAUAAGCCCCGUCAAUGAUGAAUACCGCAGCCGUUCUCCCCCACCGCGGGAAAGAUCUCGUUCCUGAGAACCAGCCAGAUAUGCAACCUCCUUGUAGUGGUUAGCUGGUGUAUUAUUUAAUCUAUAGUUGACAUUCCGAAGUUGGUUAUUCCCUCUUUAUUAGUAUUCAGAUACAUGAUCAGUUUGAACUUGAACAUGUUUUCAAAGUGGUGAAUUCGAAGUUUAUUUUGUAGCCAAUCAUGGUUUAUCGGGCACAUCUGUAUUCGAUUGUUAUCUUUAACCUAUAGUUGACAUUCCUAAAUUGUUAUUUUUCUGUGAGUUUGACAGUA